AUGUUACAUAACCCAUCUUUCAUUGGAACUUUUAUUAAUUGUUGCCAAGUUGCUCUCAACAAUCAUUCACCAGUGGAUGAUGAAUUGUCUGCAGAUGAAAUAAAUGAUUCUCCAAUUGAGGAAGUGAGAUUGACCGUUUCAAUUAAGGAUGAUCCGACCUUACCCUGCUUGACAUUUCGAACAUGGUUUCUGGGAAUCACCACGUGCGCAAUUCUGGCCUUUUUGAAUCAGUUCUUUGGCUUCCGCCAAAACUCACUCUCGACAUCAGUUUCUGCUCAGAUUGUGGUACUUCCUCUAGGAAAAUUUAUGGCAGCAGUUCUACCGCAGGAAGUGAUUCGUGUCCCAGGAACAAAAUGGUCAUCCUCAUUGAAUCCAGGACCCUUCAACUUGAAGGAACAUGUCCUGAUAACCAUAUUCGCCAACGCAGGCUCAAGGGGCGUGUAUGCUAUCAACAUCAUCACCAUUGUCAUCGCCUUUUAUCACCGUCAUAUUCAUCCUCUAGCAGCUAUGUUGCUGGCACUGAGUACGCAGAUGCUCCGAUAUGGAUGGGCGGGGAUUUUCCGGAAGUUCCUUGUUGAUUCGCCAUACAUGUGGUGGCCAGCGAACCUGGUUCAGGUCUCCCUCUUCAGGGCACUGCACGAGGAAGAAGUCAGGCCCAAAAGAGGAUUGACGAGACUGCAGUUCUUCCUCGUAGUCCUAAUAUCGAGUUUCGCGUACUAUGUUGUUCCAAACUAUCUGUUUCCAUCCAUAACUGCCCUAUCAUUCGUAUGUUGGAUAUGGAAGCACUCAGUCACGGCACAACAAAUCGGUUCUGGACGUCGUGGUCUUGGUAUUGGCUCUUUUGCCCUGGAUUGGGCUACCGUUGCUGCCUGGAAUGGAUCUCCAUUAGCCUACCCGGGCUUUGCAAUUAUAAACAUAAGCAUUGGUUUCUUCCUCACGCUGUACGUGUUAAUCCCGAUUGCUUACCAGACCAACGCAUUCGAAGCCAAGCGGUUCCCCCUUAUCUCGUCACCCGUGUUUGAUGCUAACGGAAACAAAUACAAUGUCGGAUUAGUCCUGAACGAGACAAACUUCCAAUUCAAUCAGCAUGGAUAUGAUGAUUACAGUAAAGUUCGCCUGAGUAUCUUCUUUGCUUUUGUUUAUGGAUUGAGCUUUGCGACCUUGGCAGCUACAAUAUCUCAUGUCGCUCUCUUCCAUGGCAGGACUAUUUGGCAACAAACAAGGACAACUUUUCAGGACAAGUUUGAUGACGUGCAUACUAGACUGAUGAAGAAGAACUAUGAUGCUGUCCCACAAUGGUGGUUCUAUUCGCUGAUGCUGAUAAUGACCGUACUCGCCAUGGUUGCUUGUGAAGGAUUUGGCAGACAGCUUCAACUUCCGUACUGGGGAGUCCUCCUAGCACUCGGAUUAGCUGUAUUCUUCCUGUUGCCAAUUGGAGUAAUCACGGCCACCACAAACCAGCAACCCAGAUUGAAUGUCAUCACCGAGCUGAUAAUCGGUUUCAUGUAUCCUGGGAGGCCUCUGGCAAAUGUGGCAUUCAAGACAUAUGGUUACAUAAGCAUGGUGCAGGCGAUAACUUUUCUCUCAGACUUUAAGUUGGGCCAUUACAUGAAAAUCCCACCAAAGUCCAUGUUCAUUGUUCAGCUGGUGGGAACGGUAGUCGCAUCUUCAGUCUACUUUGGCACGGCCUGGUGGCUCCUCGCAUCUGUGGAUAACAUCUGCGACCCUUCCAAAUUGCCCGAGGGAAGCCCGUGGACAUGCCCUGGGUAUGAUGUAUUUUACUAUGCCUCCAUCAUUUGGGGCGUGGUCGGACCACUCAGAAUGUUCGGCCGCCUUGGGGUAUAUGCCAGGAUGAACUAUUUCUUUCUCUUUGGAAUUCUCGCUCCAGUCCCAGUCUGGAUCCUCUCUCGGAUGUUUCCCGAGAAGAAAUGGAUAAGGCUCAUCAACAUGCCUAUCAUCAUAAGUGGCGCGGGGAAUAUGCUGCCAGCAACGUCCGUGAAUUACAUUUGCUGGAUCACCGUCGGAGUUCUCUUUAACAUAUACGUGUUCAGGAGGUACAAAAGUUGGUGGGCAAGGCACAACUAUAUUUUGUCAGCUGGGCUCGAUGCCGGCGUCGCCUUCAUGGCCAUACUUUGCUAUUUCACAUUGCAGAUUAAGGACAUCAACGGGAUGAGUUGGUGGGGCCUGGAAUUGGACGAUCACUGCCCUCUCGCUAGGUGUCCUACGGCUCCGGGCAUUGAGGUUAAAGAUUGCCCCGUUUUUCGUUGA